AUGAAUAGCGCCAAGAAGAAUCCAUUACCAAGACCAGCAGCAGCUGCAGCAACAGCAGCAGCAGCAACAGCAACAACCACAGCAGCAGGAGGAGCAGCAACGGCACGAGCAACAGCAGCAACAGCAGCAGCAACAGCAGCAGCAACAGCAGCAGCAGCAGCAGCAACAGCUACCUGCAGCAAGAAACCCUUCGAUAGCAUCCAAUCGAUGGCCCCCUUUAUAUUGAUCAGCAGCAGCAGCAGCAGCAGCAACUUCUCCUGCUGCAUCUUAUCUACCAGCAGCAGCAGCAGCAGCAGCAGCAGUAACAGCAACGGCAGCAGCAGCAGCAGCAGGGGUCAAGUGCUCAACACAAACAGCGCGACCAACAGCAGCAGCAACAACAGCAGCAGCAGCAGGCAGCAGCAGAGGCAGCAACAGCAGCAGCAGCAGCAACAGCAGCAGAAGCGCCAACAGCAGCAGCAGCAGCAGCAGCAGCAACAGCAGCAGCAGCAGCAGCAGCAGCAAGAGCAGAAUGGUUGGGCUUGCCUGAUGAGGUUAGGCUCUGAUGCAGCAGCCGCAGCUGCUGCCGCACAUCCUCGAUUCGUUCCUUUGAAAGUAGCAGAGCAACAGCAGCAGAAGCACCAACAGCAGCACCAGCAGCAACAGCAGCAGCAGCAGCAGCAGCAGCAGCAGCAAGAGCAGAAUGGUUGGGCUUGCCUGAUGAUGUUAGGCUCUGAUGCAGCAGCCGCAGCUGCUGCCGCACAUCCUCGAUUCGUUCCUUUGAAAGUAGCAGCUGCUGCUGCUGCUGCUGUUGCUGCUGCUGCCGUCGCUGCUGCUGCUGCUGCUGCAGUUGCUGCUGCUGCUGCUGCUGCUGCUGCUGCUGCUGCACGUGCGUAUGCUGCUGGGGUAGAGAAGCUGCAGCAGCUGCUGCAGCUGCAUGCAGCGACGCUGCAGCAAUAUAUCAAUAUAAAGGGGGCCAUAGAUUGGAUGCUAUCCAAGGGUUUCUUGCUGCAGGGUGGAUGGAGCAAGGGCCCGUGCGUGUGUUUCGUUUCAACGGCAGCAGCAGCAGAGUCGGCAGCAGCAGCAGCAGCAGCUGCAGCAGCAGCAGCGGGAACUGCAGCAGCUGCUACUGGCAGUCUUUCGUUUCUUAGGGGUCUUCGACUGUAUACUGCUGCUGCUGCUGAGAAGGCUCAGCUGCUGCUGCUCCCGGCUCUCGCCGAUGCCACAGAAGACGACAACCGAUUUCUCCUCGCAGAACUGCUGCCGGGUGCACUGCUACUCGAAGGCCCGCUGAAGCAGCAGCAGCAGCAGCAGCAGCAGCAACAGCAGCAGCAGCAGCAGCAGCAGCAGCAGGGGGACAGCGCCCUGCGAAGCCGCAUAGCAGAGCUGCUGCAGACAGUGAAGCCUCUUGCUGCUGCUGCUGCUUCUCGGCUGCAGCAGCAGCAACAGCAGCAGCAGCAACCAACACGAGCAGAACUGCUGCAGGACGCCAUGGGGGUUUACAAUCUCCUACGCAGAAGAAGAGGGAAUAUAGACUGA